AUGGCUAUUGAGAAAUUAAUUAAGGAGGGUGAUGAGGCAAUCAAGUCAAAGGAUUACCUAGGUGCAAUUCAAUUGUUUUCGCAAGCCAUUAAAGAAAACCCACAAGCGUUUCAAGCGUUUCUUAAGCGAUCAGUAGCAUAUCAAAAGUUGAAGAAUUUGGAUCAAGCUAAAGGAGAUAUUUCCACUGCGUUUACAAUUGCAAAUGAUAGAGGAAGAAGAUCUGAUAUUGGGUUGUGCUAUUUCAAGUUGGCAUUGGUGUAUUACCAGGAAAAGAAGAUAAAGAUGGCAUUGUCCCAAUUUAAGAAAGCACAAGAGUACGAUUGCAAGGAGUCCACUAUCGAGUUUUGGAAGAAUAAAUGUGAGUUUGACUUGAAAAACCACCCGGAGUGGGAUGUUGAGGAAAGCGACGAUGGUGACGAUGAUGUUGAUGUGUUUCAAACCCAAGACCUGGAUGUGGUUGAGGAGAAAAAGAAGGAUUUGCCAAAAAUUGAGGAGCUAAGUGUAGACGAGGACGAGACGAAGCCACCAAAGGAGCAGCGGGAAAAUGAUGCUAAGGGAUCGACAAAUGUCGACGUUAUCAACAAGAUUGCUCCUUUAAAUGUCAAAAUUAGAGAUGAUUGGUAUCAAACUAAUGAGGAGAUUAUCAUUACAAUUUACGCUAAAAACGUAAAGGAGGAUAAACUAGAUGUUCACUUUGAGCAAAACUCUGUAUCGAUAUCAUUCCCUGGUGCCACUGGAUCCGAAUACAAUUACAACCUUGAUCCAUUAUAUGCCGAAAUUGACGCUGCAGAAUCCAAAUACAAACUUUACUCAACCAAGUUGGAAAUCACAUUGAGGAAGAAGGAAUCGGGAAAAUGGCCAUCGUUGGAAAAAGAGCAAGAUGCCUCGACUCAAGAAGAACCUAAUGCUACUGCCUAUCCUUCUAGCUCCAAGAAGAAGAUCAACUGGAAUAAUUUUAAAGUAGAUGAUGAUAAGGAUGGUGAACAAAAGGACUUUUUCCAAACUUUGUUUAAAGAUAUGGAUGAAGAUUCAAGACGAGCCAUGAUGAAGUCCUAUGUGCAGAGUAAUGGUACCGUGUUGACGACUAAUUGGGAAGAGGCGCGAAAUAAAGAGUUUGAAACAUCGCCACCGGAAGGAAUGGAGGCAAAGAAGUGGGGAGUAUAG